UAAAUUGAUUUCCCUCUUAUCAGCCUUCUUCGCUGUCCAGCUUUUGCAUUCAUACACAGUGAUGGGGAACACAAUGGUUUGGACGGUUCUGACUCCAAUGGUCAGUUGUAUAUCUUUGCCGUGCAGCUCUCCUAAAACAGGGGCCCAUGGUUUGCUCAUAGGACCUUCUGACAUUUUCUUCCCCAUGCAGAAAUACCUGCUCCAUCGCCUGUUCCUUGUGGCAAUGUCCAGGGAAGAAACACAGGAGGGAGAGAUCAUAGCCUACCAUGAGCAACUUUUCCAGAGGAUCUACAAGUUCCACCUGGGAGAACCGGCCUCUGGGGUCCUGAUCAUCUAUUCCAACUGCAUCCUCCACAUUAUUGAGGCCUCUAGUGGGACCAUCUACCAAAUCCUGAAGGACCUGGCCACCUUUGAAACCCAAGGCUCAGCGGCCCUGUUGCGAGAUGUGAAGCUCCUUGUGAUGUCCCACAACAUCCCAACCCGUCUGUUCUCGCAGUGGUACUCCACCAAAGUGGACGCGCCCGUCUCCCUGGAAGACGUCACGCAGAGUCAGACCACGGAGGAGGUCAUCACCGAGUGCUUGACCCUCAGCCUCAAACUGGGAGUCUACCUUGCAACCGUGAAGGUGGGCAACAAGGGCCUGACUGACUGCCUCCACUCAGUGGUCCCCGAACUUCUGAUCCCAACGGAAGUCAUUCGAUGUCUGUGCCGGGCCAAAGAAUGCUUGAGUCCCACAGAAUUUCUCCAGAUGUACAGCAAGCCUCUGCAGAUAAGCAUGGAUUCAGAAAAAGUGUGGCCCACUCCCACUCAUAUGCUUACCUGAAGUGCUCCAGAACGCCUUCCAAACUAUGGGUCGAGUUACAGCAAGGAUUAUGGAUCUGCCGUGGAUGAGGGCGAAACUACAGAACCAGCCUGGGACUUAUAAGUCCAGUAAACCUCCUCCGUCCGCACCAGCAAAGACAUCAAUAAAGCCCUUUGC